UGAAUAUACAAUCAUCAUGUCCGACCUCCUGAAAGCAUACAACCACCUCGACGCCAAAAGCCCUGGACCUCACCAAGGCAAACCACGCAAUCUUGAAGUCAAAUUCACCAGCUGGAGCAAACGGCACAUCCGCAUAACAGAAAACUCCACCGAAGGCCCCCUGGUCUACGCUGCAGACAUCCACAGCCGCAAGCCUAACAUCGUCUUCCAAUCCACCGGCACCUCCAAACUGCCUGCAACAGUCACAUUCCACACCUGGUCAAGCAACGUCGACGUCAGUAUCGAUGGCGACAACACCACGGGGCGGCCCUCGAGUCGGCUAAAGAGCGACCGAGUGUUUCCGUCGCGCGGACUAGGCGGGCGGGCCCUGAAAUGGAAGUCCAGGUCGUAUCUGUCGUUCAGGAGUGACUUUGAGUGUGUGGAUGAGUCCAACAGGGUUUUGGCGACGUUUUACUCGAAUCGGGGCAUGUCGAUGACGAGGGCGGGGCGGUUUGAGAUUGUCGCGCCUGAGGUGCUACAGAGUAAAAGGGUCACCGAUGAGGUUAUUGUGACGGGUAUGGCGCAUGUGUAUCUGGAAUAUGUCGCGCGUUCCUCUGCGGCUGCAGCUGGUGCUGGAGCUGGUGCUGGAGCUGCUGGUGGCGGUGGUGGUUGUUAAGAGUAUAUCAAGCCAUUUGCGCUUUCGGGGUUUCGUCUUUAUUGUAUUAUAGCUUUAUAUCCGACAGUUUACGAUUAAAUGAACAUUAUCUUUUAAAGUCCGAGGGAGU